GGAAGCAUUUUCAUGGAGGAGAUGGCGAUGUCAAAACAAGGGAAUGGAAAUCAGGGAAUGGAAAGCCAAAAAUGAAAAAGUGUUAAUGGGGAAAGAAGGAAGAGAGAGGGCGAGGAAGGGGAGAGAGAGACAGAGAGAGGGAGAGAUGGACAGAAAGAGAGAGAGCCAGAGAGAACAGGGGGAAAACAUUGAGAAUGAGACUAUAUGUCCCUCCAAGUUCCAGGCAGGAGGCUGCACAUUCCACACAGGCAGGGGAGAGAGCGGGCAAGCCUCAUUAGCAUAAGAAGCGAGGCCUCGUCCAAUGGCGAAGCGGGAGAGGAGCGCUAGGAUUGAGGAGGCACUGGGAGGUGUAAGGUUUCCGCGCAUUCCUCCCUCCCCCUGGCCGUAGAGAGAAGAGAGAGAGAGAAAGAGAGGGAGGGAGAAGGACAGAGAGAGAGCUGGAAGUGACUGUGUUGAGAAGGGGGAACAGGAUCCACUCAUUCUUACCCUGUGAGAUCACACUACUGCUGGAGAAUGCAUUAGGACCUGCCUGAGUUUUUCACCUUGGAGACGAGAGGGAACUUUAAUUCCAGGCCGGCCCGAGAAGAUAUUUCUUUUUUUCCGGCCGAAUUCCGGCCCCCGAAACUCUCUCCCUGGGGUCGCGCGACGUACAAGAGAGCUGAAAAUGAACUAUCUGAACGUCCUGGCCAAGGCUCUCUAUGACAACGUGGCAGAGUCCCCGGACGAGCUGUCCUUCCGGAAGGGCGACAUCAUGACGGUGCUGGAGCGGGACACGCAGGGCCUGGACGGCUGGUGGCUCUGCUCCCUGCACGGGCGGCAGGGCAUCGUCCCCGGCAACCGGCUGAAGAUCCUGGUGGGCAUGUACGACAAGCAGCAGCAGCUCCAACUGCAGGCCCCGCCCCUGGGCCAGAUGCCCCUCCCCCCGCACACCGCCUACAGCAAGCCCUCGCCCUCCUCCCAGUACACCGCCAUGCACCCCGCCUUCCCCGCCCCCAGCCCCGCCCCGGCCACUCCGGACAGCGUCUACAUGCUCCCGCCCAACCACGGCAAGCCCUCGCCCCAGAGCCUGUACCACGUGCCCACGGGCCCCCCGUUCCCGCCCCAGAAGGCCCCCGCCCUGAUGCAAAAGCAAGGCAGCCAGGCUCAGUACCACCCCCCGGGCCAGGACAUAUAUCAGGUGCCUCCGUCCAUGGGCCCCAUCCCUGGACAGGAUAUCUAUCAGGUGCCCCCGGGGUCCAAGAGCUCCCCACAAGACAUCUACCAGGUGCCCCCCUCCGCCGUGGGACCAGGACCCACCCAGGACAUCUACCAGGUGCCGCCCUCCAUGAACCAAACUCAGGACAUCUACCAGAUCCCCCCCUCUAUGGAGAAGAGGAACUGGGAGGCCCCAAAACCGCCUGGAAAGGUGGUGGUGCCUACGCGUGUGGGGCAGAUGUAUGUGUACGAGACGGGGAAGAACGAGCAGGACGAAUAUGACGUCCCCCGCCACCCGCCUUCUUCCCAGGACAUAUACGACGUCCCCCCCACCAGAGCACAGUAUAACCAGCAGGUAUAUGACACGCCCCCCAUGGUGGUGAAAGGCCCUCCCAGCCGGGACGGCGGGCAGGACAUCUACGACACGCCCCCUAGUGUGGAGAAGAGCCAGUUACACUCCCAACAAACGUCGCAGGUGUACGACUUCCCGCCGUCCGUCAGCAAGGACGUUCCGGACCUGCCGGCACGGGAGGAGACGUACGACGUGCCACCGCACUUCGCCAAGCUGAAGAAAGGUCCGGAAAGCCAGUCCUUUCAGGAGCCCGUCCCCGAAGAUGUGUACGACGUCCCUCCCCCUCCGCUGACAGGCAAGCGGCGCCCAGAAGCCCCCGCCCCGGCCCCCUAUGGCCAGGACAUCUACGACAUCCCGGCCAGCCUGCGCAAGGGCGGCGCCCCCGAGAGGCCCCAGGACGUCUACGACUUCCCCCGCGAGCGGCCCGCGGCGGGCGACGACGGCGGGGACUACAUCUACGACGUCCCGCCCCAGGUGGUGCGCGACCCCGCCUCGGAGGACCUGGCGCUCAGCUUCAAGCGCCUGUCGGCCUCCAGCACCGGCAGCAACCGCAGCAACCUGUCCACCUCCUCGCUGGACCUGGUGCCCGUCAAAGAGCCUUCGUCCUCCUCCUCCACCUCCUCCUCCUCCUCCUCGGCCCCCUCGUCCUCCGGGAGGCUGAACCUGGACCUGGAGCAGGCCAUGGAGAGGCUGGUCAGGCUCCAGCAGGGCGUGGAGGGCUCGGUGUCCCUCCUCAUGAGCUUCGUCAGCGGGGGCUGGCGGGCCCCGGAGCAGCUGGAGGCCAACCUUCCCGCCAUCCGGCAGGCGGCCGAGCGGGUGAAGGGCGCCGUGCGCGACCUGCUGGACUUCGCCCGCGGCGCGGUGGCUAACGCCGCGCAGGCUACCGACCGCUCCCUGCAGGCCAAGCUGGGCAGGCAGGUGCAGAAGAUGGAGGAAGGCUACCAGGGCCUGUUGCGGCACAGCCAGGCGCUGGACGGUGCGGGCUGGGCCCCCGGGGCCCUCCUGGGGCCCUGCCCCGGAGGGGACGAGCUGGACAGGCUGGUGCUGUGCGCGCGGGGCGUGCCCGACGACACCAAGCAGCUGGCCUCCUUCCUCCACGGCAACGCCUCGCUCCUCUUCAAACGCACCAAGCAGCAGCUGCCGCUGCCGCCCGUCCCCGGCGACCAGCCCGGUAACAACAACAACGGCCCCGCCUACCAGUCAGCCGGCCCCGAGAGGGCCAACAUCCAGUCCCGCCCGCUCCCGUCCCCGCCCAAGUUCACCGCCGAGGAGGAGUCCCCCGACAGGCCGUACGAAACCACAGAGGAAGGCUGGAUGGAGGACUACGACUAUGUGCAUUUACAGGGGAAGGAGGAGUUUGAGAAAAACCAGAAGCAGUUGUUAGAAAAAGGGAACAUUAUGCGUCAUAACAAAACUCAGCUGGAGCAGCAGCAGCUGAAACAGUUUGAGCGGCUGGAGCAGGAAGUAUCCCAGCCCAUCGACAACGACGUGUCCAACUGGACCCCUCCCUCACAGCACUGCCUGUCGAGGAGCAAGCUGAGCGCGGGGGACCGGCAGCUACUCCUCUUCUACUCGGAGCAGUGCGAGUGCAACAUCACCGCCCUCACCAACGCCGUGGACGCCUUCUACUCCUCCAUCAACAGCAACCAGCCGCCCAAGAUCUUCGUGGCGCACAGCAAGUUCGUCAUCCUCAGCGCGCACAAGCUGGUGUUCAUCGGCGACACGCUCUCGCGCCAGGCCAAGUCGCCCGAGGUGCGGGCGCGCGUGGCCCAGCACAGCAACGCUCUCUGCGACAAGCUGAAGGACAUCGUGGUCAGCACCAAAACGGCCGCUCUGCAGUACCCCUCGCCCGGCGCCGCCCGGGACAUGAUCGAGAGGGUGCGCGAGCUGGCCAACUGCACGCAGCAGCUGCGGUCCGCACUGGGACAGCUGGCGGCUAUGUGA